GUCUUUUGACGGCGCAACAUUUGAACUUAAUAUUGCGAUAAAUUUUAUAAGUGAAUAUAUAAUCUUAAAACAAUGAGUGUAAUCAUUUAAACGUGGUGAAUAAAUCUUGUUUACUAAUUUAAAUUUUAGAUUGACAAUUUUUUUUAUAUUAUUCAUAGCCUAGUCAUCCUUUACAAUGAGCCACAUAAACUUGGACAAGCCUCGCUAUGAUCAGAGCACGUAUAUGGGUCGUGCGAAGCAUUUCCUUCUCUUGACCAACCCCAUGAACGCCUUUGCCAGCAAUUCGGAUUUGGAGGAAGCAAAGCGUAUUGUCACCGAAUUCAGAAAGUCACGUAGGAUGCCACCUGGUUACAACGAAGAUAAACUGUGGGCGACCAAGUAUUUAUACGACAGUGCCUUCCAUCCGGAUUCAGGCGAAAAGAUGUUCGUUCUGGGUCGCAUGGCCGCUCAGGCGCCGAUGAACACGAUCAUCACUGGCUGUAUGAUUACGUUCUACAAGACGACCGCCGCCACAGUGUUCUGGCAAUGGGUGAAUCAAACGUUCAACGCUGUCGUUAACUAUACGAAUAGAUCUGGAGACGCGCCGCUACCUACCUCACAGUUGGUAGCGUCCUACUGCGCAGCCUGCGGAGGCGCGCUAUCAACCGCUCUCUUCCUCAACAGCAAAGUCAAGAAUAUGAGCCCAAUCUACGCUCGCUUGGUACCGUUUGCGGCGGUCUGCGGAGCUAAUUUCAUCAAUAUACCCAUGAUGAGAAGCGGGGAACUAAUAAACGGUACGCCAGUUUUUACGGCUGACGGAACGCGAGUGGGUAACUCCAAGAGAGCCGCCAAAUACGGUAUCGGCUUGGUUUGCUUUUCACGUAUUCUCAUGGCGUUGCCUGGAAUGACGGUGACCCCUAUCAUCACGAGCAUCGCGGCGCGGCGCGGGCUUUUCGACCGCCGGCCGGCUAUGGUGGUGCCGUUCCAGCUGUUCAUGGUGGGUCUGUGCGUGACGUUCGCGACGCCGCUGUGCUGCGCCAUCUUCGACCAGCGCGCCUCCAUCUCCGUCGACAGUCUCGACCCAGAACUCAGGGAUUCGGUUAAGAAGAAUUACCCCAAGAUAAAUGAAGUAUACUUCAACAAGGGUCUAUAAGCUUGCGCCAGAAAUGUAGUACAAAAUAAACAUUGUAAAGAAGAAAUUUGUGAACGCAGUCAAAACGUAAUUAAGACUUAGAUGCAAUCUAGAUGUUUUUUUUAUUUAAUUUAAAUGAAUGCAUUUAUUAAUUAAUUGGCAACAAAACAUUCCUAAAUGUGAUUUGUUCUAAUAUAGAUCUGAAUAUU